CACGUUUUUUGAUUAAAUUAAUCAAAAGUUUAUUUAUAAUGAAUCAACAUGGUAUAUUCAAAUUACCGUAUGAUUUGAUAGCCAAUGUGAGUCUAUAUUUGGAUUUAUGCUCUAAUACGAGUUUAAUGGAUACAUGUCAACAUUUUCGAUAUCUUUAUUUGAGUGCCAAUUAUGUAUGGAAACAUAUCUGGUUUGAUCCUCAUAGUGAUCUACAUCGUGUCUAUUCUUCAUUGCGUAAACUAGACGACCAGAAUGGACUAAGGCAGCAUAUUCGACAAGUAAGAGAAAUAACAAAAAAAAAGAGAGACUGACUUGCAUAGGUCUCGAUGGAUGACUGUGAUGAUCCCAACUUUUCACCGAUCAUUAUGAUCAUCAAGUUUCCUCAUUUACGCUAUUUGAGUGCCAAGAACAGACUCGAGAAUACCAAUCUAGAAGUGGACAUCAAAUUACUACAAGAAAUGCUCAAGUUCGCAUCUGUUCAACCCCAUAGUUUACCUAUUCAAUAUGUACAUGUCUAUCAUUAUCAAAUGGAUGUCGAACCUCAUUUACAAGCCUAUCAAAAGACAUGGAAUAAGCUAUCUCAACAUGGCCAUGUCCAACUCGAUAUUCGUAUCUGUGACCAUAUGGAUGCACUGACACAUCAGCCAUGUCAACGUAUUGUGUGUACCACAGCGCAAUGUUGGUCUUGUGGAUAUCAUUUCAACCAUUGUUGGAAGUGUGUGUCUAUCUGUGAUGGCUGUAAAAUCAAACGUAUUCCUCCUUUGGCAAAUGACAAUCAAGCCAAGCUAAAGCAUCAACGUAAGAGGAUAGAACAAGAGACAGAUGAAUUCAGUGUGUUUGCAUAACCCUAUAGUAAAUGAAUAAAAUUUUAAAAGGACGUGUCUUUUUUUAUUUCUU